GUUCCCCAGCAGCGAGAAGAAGCUUCGCAAGGGGGCUUCAGUGGCUUCUGUUCUGUGCGAUGUUCCUGAACGAAGUGGAAGAGACCCCGCCAGAGGUCGUCAGAGAUCCUGCCUGUGACGCAUUGGGCUGUGAGCCUGGUGGCAAAUGUGAGGUGGAUGGAAACGGAGAGCGCUACUGCAAGUGGGACUCACCCUGUGGCGCCUGCCCCACUGGAGCCACAUGCAAGACUGUGCCUGCGACCAACAAGCCUUCGGUGCAGGUGCCUUACUGCGCGUGCCCUGAAGGCUAUAAUAUAACCGCGACCCAGUGUGUUGCAG